CGGCUACUCGGCUGCGUUCAACUUGCCAGUUUCACUCUUACAAUUUCAGCUGCUGCUGCGUUUCUUCUUCUUCUGCUGCUGUGGCCAUGACGGAAGUGGCGAGCUCACUGGUGCACGAAUUGCUAGGCAAGCGAUUCGAGGACGUGGAUCAGCCUAUCGUCGACUACAUCGUGAACGUCCUCGCCGAUGAGGACUUCGAUUUCGGCGAGGAAGGCGAGGGCAUCUUCGAAGCCCUCGGCGAGCUCCUCGUCGGCGCCGAGUGCGUCUCUGAUUUCCCCGAGUGCCGCCUGGUCUGUAGCAAGCUGUGUGAGAAGCUUGGGAAACAUGGGUUGGCAAAGCCGAAACCGGCUGUGCGGAGUCUGACAACACCUUUCAGAAUGAAUGAAGGAAUGGAGGAGGAAGCUGCUCCCAAGAAGAAGCCAGAGCCAGUAGACGGUCCUUUGCUGACUGAACGUGACAAACUAAAGAUAGAAAGGAAAAAGAGAAAGGACGAGCGGCAGCGGGAGGCACAAUAUCUAGUGCAUGUUUCUGAAAUGGAAGCAGUAAGAGCAGGGAUGCCUCGUGUGAGUGUGAAUCAUGACAAUAGUGGUGGAGCUACUGUCAAGGAUCUUCACAUGGAUAACUUCAAUAUUUCUGUUGGUGGUCGUGACCUGAUUGUUGAUGGUUCACUGACACUCUCCUUCGGAAGGCACUACGGUCUUGUAGGAAGAAAUGGUACGGGAAAAACCACUUACUUGAGGCACAUGGCCAUGCACGCCAUUGAUGGUAUCCCUGCAAAUUGCCAAGUUCUGCAUGUUGAGCAAGAAGUAGUCGGGGAUGAUACAACAGCUUUGCAAUGUGUGCUGAACUCGGAUAUUGAGAGAACCCAGCUUAUGGAAGAAGAAGUUCGCUUAAUUGCACAGCAGAGAGAAUUAGAGGUCGAGGAUGCACUUGGAAACGAGAAAGAUCAGAAUGGGGCUGCUGAGAAAGAUGCUAUUUCAGAUAGGCUUGCACAAAUAUACAAAAGGCUCGAGUUUAUUGAUGCUUAUUCUGCUGAAGCACGCGCUGCUUCCAUUCUUGCGGGACUCAGUUUCACACCAGAGAUGCAACGCAAGGCAACAAAAGCAUUUUCAGGAGGAUGGAGAAUGAGAAUUGCUCUUGCUCGUGCCUUGUUUAUAGAGCCUGACCUAUUGCUGCUCGAUGAACCCACGAAUCAUCUUGAUCUCCAUGCUGUCCUAUGGUUGGAAACAUACCUGGUGAAAUGGCCGAAGACAUUUAUAGUUGUCUCUCAUGCGAGAGAAUUCCUGAACACGGUACUACUUGAUGUUGUUACCGAUGUUAUUCACUUGCAAAAUCAGAAACUCACCUGCUACAAAGGUAAUUAUGAUAUUUUCGAAAGGACACGAGCUGAACAACUUAAGAACCAGCAAAAAGCAUUUGAGUCAAAUGAACGAGUGAGAGCCCAUAUGCAGACCUUUAUUGACAAGUUCCGGUAUAAUGCAAAGAGAGCAUCACUUGUCCAAUCAAGAAUCAAGGCACUAGAUCGGAUAGGUCAUGUAGAUGAAGUUGUUAAUGAUCCUGACUAUAAGUUUGAGUUUCCUACUCCUGAUGAUAGACCAGGACCGCCUAUAAUAAGUUUCAGUGAUGCAUCCUUUGGUUAUCCAGGGGGACCUAUACUAUUUAAGAACUUGAACUUCGGUAUUGAUUUGGAUAGCCGUGUUGCAAUGGUUGGGGCCAAUGGGAUUGGAAAAUCAACAAUACUCAAACUUAUAUCUGGUGAGCUACAACCCAGCUCUGGUACUGUCUUCCAUUCAGCAAAGGUUCGCAUUGCUGUGUUUAGUCAGCAUCAUGUUGAUGGACUGGAUCUAUCUUCCAAUCCCCUUUUGUAUAUGAUGCGCUGCUUCCCUGGAGUACCUGAACAAAAGUUAAGAUCUCACUUGGGUUCUUUCGGAGUGACCGGAAAUCUUGCUCUUCAACCCAUGUACACAUUGUCUGGUGGUCAAAAAAGCAGGGUUGCAUUCGCAAAGAUAACUUUCAAGAAACCACAUCUGAUAUUGCUUGAUGAACCAUCUAAUCAUCUUGAUCUGGAUGCAGUGGAGGCAUUAAUCCAAGGACUGGUUCUGUUUCAAGGAGGCAUCGUUAUGGUUAGUCACGACGAGCAUCUGAUCUCUGGAAGCGUGGACGAAUUGUGGGUCGUAUCGGAUGGGAGGAUAGCGCCUUUCCACGGGACCUUCCAGGAUUACAAGAAACUCCUCCACGCUUCUUAAAACUAUCUUUUGGUUGGAUCGCAACAGAUUACGUUGCCUGGGGAAGUAUUGGAAGUUAGCCAAUCUAGUAGCUGUUUUCCCUUCUGGCCUGUUGAUGGAAGGAUGGAGUCGCUCAGUAAUGCGAUUUUGAGCUGUUAUUUACCGUGUUUUUACGAGUACCGGGGAAACAAUUUGGUUUUCAAGCUGGUUUUCUCGUUCUACACAGCAUAGGGCUGGGCUAUAUGUUUAAGUUUUGUUGAAUAUAACCCGGCAGUGUACUUGGCUUGUUCCUUUUGCUAAUAGGGGUGGGCAAUCGGUUCGGUAAAUUCGAAUCAAAUCAAACUGAAUUAAACCGUAUCGAAACCGAAUUAAUGUUAUUCGGUUCGGAAUUCGGAAGGAAAAUAUGGAUAGUUCGAAAAUUAAGGUUCUUUAACCGAAUCGAAUUUCUGACAGAAAUACUAUAAUUGCAAGCUGGGUAAAUGACACAUUUGGUCACUGAGAUUAUUAAAUUGUGUCAUGUUUAGUCACUAGAAAAAAUUAAUAUCAAUUUUGGUCACUCGAAUUACCGAAAUUGGUCAAAUUUAGUCACU